GUUUCGCGGGGCAAAAGGGCAAAAUGAGGCUGAUCUACCCGCCCCUGACAACCAUCACAAACCCACACAGCAACAGCAGCAGCUCGCGGGCACUCGGCGGUAAAGCAAACGCGCUUCAAACACGCUUCAAACACGCUUUAAACACGCUUUAAACACGACAGACUCCGCUCAAAACUCACCCGAGACGCGGGAAACCGCGCGCUGCCGAUGACGUCACCGCGGCAGAAGCGCGUCUGAGGCGCUUUAUUACUUUGAUCAAGGUGACACGGGGAGGCUUCAACAGGUGAGUUUACCGACACCGAGUGACGUUCAACCGACGCGAUGCUCGUCAAGUGACCGUGUAUCUCUGAAUGUAGAAGAUGGUGAUCGGCCAGUAGCGGACAUGAACGGGAAAGGCUGUAACCUGAUGGUUUCUCCAUCCGGCGCGGCUCAGGUACCUCACCUGAGGGUCCAGACGGAUCCUUCCUCUUCUCCAUCUCUCUAUCCCAACACUACACCCGGAAACCCUGCCCUUCUUCCCGCGCUGAGCCUCCGCAGACAGGUCCUGACCAACGGGAAGCUGGGAUGUGCGCAGUCUUCGAGACAUCAAGCCCCGCCCCUUUCACUGCCGGGAUCCUCUUCCAAACAGCCGGCUCGACCCAGCGGCCCAGACAACGGUACGAAACGUUACUUGUCUUUGGGGAUGAACAGGAAAGUGUUUGGGCCGUGUGGAGGUUCGAUCCCGCAGGUGACAAGCAAUGCCAUGCUGGUCCAGAGUCUGGGUCCGGUUUCUUUACAGCCUUCGGUCCAAAGCGGCCCACCUCACUCACUCUCUGUUCCCUUCACUGACGCCAGGUCUUUACUGUCGAGAGAAUCCCUGGCCUCGACCACCCUCAGCAUCGCCGAGACCCAGUCGAUUCGCAGCAGUAAACUGGACUGGCCCUACGGUUACCGCGUUUUGCCUCCUUUAGGGCUAGGGUUUAACCAGACUUCAGAAGCAGCGGAUGCCGCUCUCAUUCCUGGGAGCUCCGUGUCUGAAUCCAUCUCCAACCCGGCGUCUCUACCGCAUUACCUCUUCAAGGAGGACGCAAGCAGUCCGCGGCUCUCGACCCGCUCCAAAAAGCGAGCGCUGUCCCUGUCUCCUCUGUCGGACGGCCUCGGCCUCGACCUCAACUCCAUCAUCCGAACCUCGCCCACGUCGCUGGUGGCGUACAUCAUCGGCUCCCGCACGUCGCCGGCCUCGCGUCCCACGCCCUCUCCUCUGCAGUCCGAUGUCUGCGGACACCUGCUGGGCAUCAGAGGCAGCUGCAUCCCUCAUCCCAGCCCCGACAAACACGGCUCCAAAAACAGCGCACUAGAAGACCAGUUUACCAAUCUAGUGGUGGAGCACCAACUUCUGCCGGGACAGGAGAUCCAACAAGGGACAAAAAACAGCCCGUCGCCUUCCAUACAGCUUCAGUUUGAGCUGGCCGCUAUUAUUAGGUCUCCUAGUCCUCCUCGAGGCCCUCCGCCGCCCUACAGCGCCCAUCUGCGAGCUUCUCACGUUCAGAUCCCAGCGGCGUCUUCAGGCAGCCUCAGGGUCCUUCCGUCGAUGCUGGAGGAGGACGAGGACGAGGACGCCGGCGGAGGACACUGCUGCCGCUGGCUGGACUGCGGCGCUGUUUACGGCCAGCGAGAGGAGCUGGUCAGGCACAUCGAGAAGAUCCACGUCGACCAGCGCAAGGGCGAGGACUUCACCUGCUUCUGGGCCGGCUGUCCUCGCAGACACAAGCCUUUCAACGCACGCUACAAGCUCCUCAUCCACAUGAGGGUCCACUCCGGAGAGAAACCCAACAAGUGCUCGUUCGAGGGCUGUCAGAAGGCGUUUUCUCGUCUGGAGAACCUGAAGAUCCACCUGAGGAGCCACACGGGAGAGAAACCCUACGUCUGUCAGCAUCCCGGCUGUCAGAAAGCCUUCAGUAACUCCAGCGAUCGAGCCAAGCACCAGCGGACGCACGUGGACACGAAACCCUACGCCUGUCAGAUCCAGGGCUGCGGGAAGCGCUACACGGACCCCAGCUCUCUGCGCAAACACGUCAGAUCACACUCCUUGAAGGAGCAGCAGGCCCGCAAGAAGUUGAGACGCAGCACAGAUCUCGGUCAGGACGGACUCGCUGAGUGUCUGACGGUGCAACCGUUACAGCACAGCCUCGCACCACUGGACCUGAUUGAGAGCAAGCAGCAGUCGCCCACGGACGAUCUCUACACUGGCUUCACCCUGACGAACAGCUCGAGUCCGAUGCAGAUCCCAUCCGUUCCUCAGAACCACGUGCAGCUGCCGCCAAACAACAGCAGGUUCAGGGUUCCUGCGUCUCAUCAGACGGGCCAAAGCACUCACAAACUGCACAGAUACUCCAGCCAUCCUCAGACAUCUCUCUCUGACAGUUUCUCUGGCGUGUUUUCUUACGGUGACUCAGCGCAGGCUGCCAAACACAUCCCUCCCUGCUCCGUGAUGCACGCGUCCGUGUUCGAGGACAAUCUGGGUUCCUCAGACGCGUCUCAGACCGAGCUGGACCUGCUGCACAGAACUCUGUCGGGCAUCGCCGUGUUCGACCGCCAGACCGGACCGGGGGAGUUUCUGGGAGCGCCGGAGGAUAACUACCUUCAGAUCGGGAGCGUGGAGAGAAGCCCGAGCCGAAUCUCCUGCGUCUUCACCGAGGGGUGAACGCUCCUCAGCGGCCUGGGGUCGUUCGGAUCAGUGAGGGAGCUUUUGGGAAGAACUUCCCCCGUGGACCUGUAUCUCAAAUAGAUAUUUUUAAAACGUCUUUUGUUUCCGCUCAUGUUUGCUCUGUGACCUUUAGUUGGCAUUUUAAAAUCAGACAAACUUAAAUUCGCCAAACGUUUGGCUCGACGGAACAGAUCGCCACGGAAACGAGAACACGAAAUAUGAAAGUAAUGGAAACGUGCUCGUCGUCAGAUCGGCCGAGUUCGGGAUGAGCGCGUUUCUUCGUCAGAUCCGGAGGAGUGAGUCUCUGUAAUGUCUCAGUAAUGGAAGUGGAUGGGUGCCGUCAGAAUGAGCGUCUGAUUAAAGCAUCACGCCACUCCGGUUCAUCAGUUAACAUCUGGAGAAGACGAAAGGUGACGUUUUUAACUCAAAUACGAGUCCAUGAUCCAUCGAAAUCCAGCCACAUGCUUGUUUAGAGCCGUUUUUGUGCAGAUUUCUCUCCUGAUCCACUUUUUCGGCCGGAGGAAGAGUUAUUAUGGACACACAUUUGAGUUAAAAACAUCUUAAUGCUGGAUACGUUUCAUCUUUCAUCUUCUCCAGAUGUUAACUGAUGGACCGGAGCGCUGUGGAUUAUUAUCAGUUGUUUGGACUCUCGUUCUCGACGGCACCCAUUCACUGCAGAGCAUUGAUUUCUGACACAGUGACGCAUCUCAAGACGAAACAAGCUCAUCUACAUCUUAGUUGGCUUUGCUGAAGCAUAUUUGUGCAUCUUUAUUCAAGGUAAAUCCUAUUCUUUGAUAUUUCGAGUAACAAACAUUUUGGGGCCGCUCUAUGUAAAUAACUCAAUAAAUAAUGCACUUAUCACAGAUUAAAGCCAUAUUGAUUGUA